GAACUAUAUUGAAUGGACUCUCCCCCUUUGUAGGCAAUCUUUAUUAUCAACAGAAAAUGCUCAUGCUGCAAGCUAGUGACAAUUCUCAGCUUUACCGUAUUGAUUCUAAUCUGAAAAAUGUGUUUAAGAUUUGAAGUAAUUUUCCCUCACCACUAUGGAGUAAAUAUAAGUAAUUUUCAGAAACUAUUGAUCUCUAAAGCUAUCCAUUCCUAACAAAAUAAGUCAUUUACCAAGCUGCAUCUUUCUCCCACAACUAAUAAUAAUAAGCCACUUUCUGCUUUUCCCAGGACCCAGCAGAAAAAAGAUGAGAACUCUGCCACUGCUUAUAUACAUCUUUACACUGAGUGCUUGUUUCCCAUUCAGUGAAAGCCGAGGAAAGUUUCAACAAUUACAACAAGGAAAGAAAUCUCACAAUGCAUCUAAACAUCACAAGCUACCACAUUAUUCUGGAUCAUCAUCUCACAACAAGGAUUCCCACAAACCCUCUAAGAAUAAGCACCCACAUUCACCUUCUAAAUUCCCAAGCCAUUCUAAGCCAACUAAGUGUCCAGUUAACACUCAAAGACCACAUUUGAGUUCCACAUCUGCUCCCAUCAAAAUUACUACUACCACAGGUGUGAUUCUUUCUACUCAACCUGCUACCACCACAUUGGCAAGAGAGACUACAGCUCCACCAACCAUAGCUGUCCCACCUACAUCUUCCACAGCUGCUCCAACACCACAACCUUCUUCAGCUCCACCAGAGACCACAGCCCCACCAACCACAAUUGCCCCACCUACAUCUUCCACAGCUCCACCAGAUACCACAUCUUCACCAGAGACCACAGCUGCCCCAUCUACAUCUUCCACAGCUGCUCCAACAUCGCAACCUUCUUCAGCUCCACUGGAGACCACAGCUCCACCAACCACAGCUGUCCCACCUACAUCUUCCACAGCUCCACCAGACACCACAUCUUCACCAGAGACCACAGCUGCCCCACCUAUAUCUUCCACAGCUGCUCCAACAUCACAACCUUCUUCAGCUACACCAGAGACCACAGCCCCACCAAUCACAGCUGCCCCACCUACAUCUUCCACAGCUUCUCCAACACCACAACCUUCUUCAGCUCCACCAGAGGUCACAGAAAUCCCAGUUACCACAAAUUAUCCUUCCCCAACCACUCUUGCACCUGAAACUUCCCAAUCUACACCUGCACCCACAAUUCAAACUUCCACUACAACCACUCGUCAAACUACUACUGUUCAACAAUCAACUUCAAGUCCCAAUCGAAAUAUAUGGCCUCAAAUUCUUUCAGAUAUUGCAAGAGCACUGGCAAAUAUUUUUAAUCGUAUAAGGUAUCAGUAGUAUAUCAUACAUGCUGCAGUGUUCUGUCAUUUAUAUGAUGUGAUCUACGAGUGCUAA